UGGUCCGGGGCGUGAGUAAAUGAUUUAAAAACCUGUGUCACCAAGGCUCCGGUCCAAUUGUGGGCAGCUUCUUUUCUUUUUCGUCUUGAUUGGAACUGACAGCGGGAACCAGCGAAGAUCAAUUUCCAGACCUCUGGAAUCUGUAAUGUACAUGUAAUGCAGGGCGUACAGAAAGGGCUGGACAGAAGUCCAAUACCAAAGCUUUUGUUUCAAUUUGGUUUAUCAUGAUGUUCGAUUCAUGAUGGGCUUUUUCUCCUUAUGGCCAUGUUGCACUGCUUUUGGACAAUCGUUUCAGCCUCAUGUCCAAGUGUUGGGUGAUUCAGGUUGGUUUUUGCAUUGUCUGAGCGAAAUCCUUGUGACACCUUUCGUCGUUCAGAACACCUUGUUGGUAGGAUUUGAGGAAGAAUCACCGUAAGCAACAAUAGGUUCGAUUUUCUGGAUAGUCGCGCUAUAACCGUUAAUACCCGUCAAAGGAAUCCUUCGAUUUUACCACAGAAACGACCCUUACAGGUUCGGUAUGGAUGUCCUAGUCAGAUGCAGUGUGAGCGGGUUUGCACUCAAUCCACACUGUCGGGCGUCCUUGGACCCUUCAUGCAAAGUAGGUACUGUGCGUGACGGCGAACUGUGCAUUAGUUGACGGCACUGCCGCCUAGGCUCAAGGUUCGUUAGCUUGGCUUUAAGCGGCGGAACCGAGUCAAGUCUAUCCUGAUACUUCCAUGUCAGUAUGCCAAUCCUGCCAGCACAUUUCGUGAACCACUGUUCGGUUACUCAACCGACCCGCCUUCUUGCUUCUUCCAUCCUGGUUGAAUAUCCCAUUCCCCUGGAGUAGAAUACUUGGAAGGUUGUCACGCGCGGUACCUUCUUUGUGGUGUGAAUGAGGUCUCGGAGUUGCCCUGGACCACAUCAGCGAUCCGGAGGGAAUUAGGAGUCCGCAGUAAUCGUAUUUGGUUACCACUUACGCUGGCCCCAUCGGUGCUAAUUAUUUGGCCGUUGAGCGCCCCGUGUCUUCACAAAUCGUUUUUGUGAUCUUCCACGAGGCAAUUGAAUUGGGCGGACCAUUUGGCUUUCUCCAUUUGUCCAUUCGGGUUCACUGUAUGAUCGAAAGCCCCUCCAUACCACCAUCACCAACAGACGCUCAAAGGUGAAUGAUCCUCGCGCGAGCCGCCAUCCUAAAGGUGCCGUUGCCGCCGACGUCUCCAAGCGGUACCCGAUCGCUUCCAUUAAAAUCACAUCGAUUUUCGCUCCUUUUUCAAACAUCGUGAUCUGAUGCACUUUGUUGGACCCGGAAGAUUCAACCCCGCCCUAGCCAGACUAAUCCGUAUAUACCAGCUGAGAUUUCCUUCUUCGUCUACCACUCCACUUGAUUCAGGGUGAUAAUGGCGAGUCCGGAUUCACAGACAAUAGAACUAGAUCGUGAAUAUCUCGCUACUGUCACAUUCCAGGGCCGCGAGUAUCAGAAAUAUUCGAUCGAUCACCGCACAUAUUUCGGACCAGUCGAUGAGGAAGAAGCAGAUCGGCUCGAGGACGAGCAGCAAGUGUUUCAAAGAAUUUUCGAUAACCGCCUCAUAUUUCCACCAAUACGUCGACUUCGAAGAGUGUUAGACUGCGGGCAUGGAUCCGCCUCCUGGGCUGUCGAGGUUGCUGAACAAAAUCCCAGCUGCGAGGUCAUCGGCGUGGACAUUGCCCCGCACAUGAAUCCAGACGAUAUGCCUGACAACUUGUGGCUUCAGGUCGAUGAUCUGAAUCGCCGUUUCACAUUUCCCACCAACCACUUCGAUCUUGUCCACUCGAGACUCCUUGCGACCGGUAUCCACCGAGCCCGAUGGCCAUCCUAUCUCCGUGACAUAGUCAGUGUACUGAAGCCAGGAGGAUGGGUACAGAUGGUCGAGAUAUACUUCAAUGUGCAAUCUGACAAUGGCUCACUCACUGACGACCAUGCCCUGAGAAGGUGGAGCACACACUAUCUGCGUGCUUUGGAGGAUAGGAAAGAUCUUCGAAUUGGUUCGAAACUGAGAACACUCAUGACAGAGGCGGGCUUUGUAGAGGUGGACACAAAGAUGAUCCCUCUUCCUUUGUCAGCGUGGUCGAAUGAUGCAAGAAUGCGAAACAUCGGCCGGUCGAACCACGAAAAUAUCAAGCAACUUCUUCGAUCACUCGCCCUCUACCCAUUGAUUCAACGUUUGCAUAUGUCACCACAGAAUUUCGAGGCCCUUGUCACGCAAGCACAGCGGGAGGCUGCUGACCACACGUUGAAACCAUAUUUUCCACUGUACGUCUGCAUUGGCCGAAAGCCAUAG